AUGGGAGAUCUGGAUGACUUUUUUCUUUCAUUUGAAGACCAAAUGAUGUACGGGACAGAAAAUCUCACCGCCAUUCACAGCAUCGCAGCUAACAAGGAAUGGCCAAACGCAUCAGUUGAAGAGACGUCACAAGAGACCGCGGACCCGCCUAUCUUGAUCCACGGGAGGAGGUUCUAUGCGGUAGUGACACCUAUAAUUAUCGUCCUUGGUUUGGCGGGAAAUCUGAUAUCAUUGUGCGUAUUUAAGAACAGGAAGCUCCGCGUGUUGGGGGCAAGUCAGUACCUCAUAGCUCUGUCCAUAUCGGAUCUUUCGGUUUUGAUAAUCUACGUUUUAUUCGACUGGAUAACCAAAGGACUCCCGUACCUGGGACACGAUUUAACCAUCCGCAUAUUAGCCCUGAACGGCGUCUGCCACGUGUUCCUAUUCUUUUCCUAUUGGUUCCGGUUCAUCUCGGUGUGGAUUAUAGUGACCUUCACCAUUGAGCGGUACAUUGGAGUAUGUAAACCUCUCCAGAAGAUCAAGAUGAGCACCACGAGGAACGCAAGGAAGACCAUUAUCUUCUGCACGCUGCUCGGGGCCUGUCUCAGCCUGUGGAAACCUCUGAUGAGUGGCGUGUUCAUCAACGAGGAGCACAACGUGGCCGUGUGCACGCACGACGCCGCUCACAAAUUCACCUCUUUCGUCUUGGACAUCAUCUUCGCUCUCAGCAUCACCUUGGUCCCCGUCAUCAUCAUCACCGUGCUCAACAUCGCCAUGGUGAGGAAUCUGGUCACGCGGUUUCGAGGCGAGGCGGUCAAGGACGUCAUGAAGGUCAACAAUGCCACGAACAAACUGCGCAUGGAGAUGACGUGCAUGCUACUGGUCCUCUCCACGUGCUUUGUGGCGCUGAGCAUCCCCUACUUGAUCACGUGGUGUUACCAUAUGUAUACGACGUUUGAAUCCAAGCAACGCGACUUUAAAUACAUGCGUGGCGUGUUGUACAUUACACGAACUAUAUUUUACGUUAAUUACUGCAUUAACUUUUUCCUGUACAGUUUGACUGGCGCUUGCUUCAGGCAGCAUCUUGCCAUGAUGUUUUGUGGCCGAAGAAUGUACUCUCCUGCAGCGAGCGUCAAGACGAGGAGCUUCUCUCGCAGCUCGGGCACACGUAUGACCACCUUAUCGUUAAAUGUCAACAACCUGGACACUUUUGUUUGA